GGCAGCCCGGCUACAAAAGAGCCGUCCGGGCGCCGCCCGCUCUUACUAGGCCGGCCGGCGCUCGGAGUCUGCAGCCCCGCCCGCUUCUUGUCAAGAUGUCGACUGUCCACGAAAUCCUCAGCAAGCUCACCCUGGAGGGAGAUCACUCCCUGCCCCCCAGCGCCUAUGCCACCGUCAAAGCCUACGGGAACUUCGAUGCUGACCGCGAUGCUCUGACCCUGGAAACCGCCAUCAAGACCAAAGGGGUGGAUGAAGUGACCAUCGUCAACCUUUUGACAAACCGCAGCAACGAACAACGGCAGGACAUCGCUUUUGCUUACCAGCGGAGAACAAAGAAGGAACUGGCUGCUGCUUUGAAAGCUGCCCUCUCCGGCCACCUGGAAACGGUCAUCUUGGGCCUCUUGAAGACGCCGGCACAGUAUGACGCCUCUGAGCUGAAGGGAGCCAUGAAGGGCCUGGGAACCGAUGAAGACACUCUCAUUGAGAUCAUCUGCUCACGGACAAACCAGGAACUGGCUGUCAUCAACAAAGUUUACAAGGAAAUGUACAAAACAGAACUGGAAAAAGACAUCAUCUCUGACACUUCUGGGGAUUUCCGGAAACUGAUGGUUGCGCUGGCCAAGGGCAGGAGAAAUGAAGACUGUUCUGUAGUGGACUUUGAACUCAUCGACCAAGAUGCUCGGGAUCUCUACGAUGCCGGAGUGAAGCGUAAGGGCACCGACGUUCCCAAGUGGAUCAAUAUUAUGACCGAGAGGAGCAUCCCCCAUCUCCAGAAAGUCUUCGAAAGGUACAAGAGCUACAGUCCUUACGAUAUGCUGGAGAGCAUCAAGAAGGAAGUCAAAGGAGAUCUGGAGAUCGCCUUCGUUAAUCUCGUCCAGUGCAUUCAGAACAAACAGCUCUACUUUGCCGAUCGGCUUUAUGACUCCAUGAAGGGCAAAGGUACCCGGGACAAGGUCUUAAUCCGAGUCAUGGUUUCUCGAGCUGAAGUUGACAUGUUGAAAAUUAAGAGUGAAUUCAAGAGGAAACACGGAAAAUCCCUCUAUUAUUUUAUCCAGCAAGACACGAAGGGAGAUUACCAGCGGGCCCUCCUGAAUCUCUGCGGCGGAGAAGACUGAAGCCUUGGGAGGAAACUGCCCACCAACCACUUCAAGCUGGAAAUGUGCUUUUUUUCACCCCCUCCCCUCCACCUCUGCUGCUUUCCCUUCUCCCCCUUUGCAGAACUACUAGGAGCCCCAGCUAACUCUGCUCCUGCCUGCUCUGUACACCCAGCCUGGCUCGCUUUCCGUGUCGCCUUCUUCUUCCCGCUCAGCUCCUGCCCAGUAGCUAGCCCCGUGGGAGUCACAAGGCCGAAGCAGCUAACAUUCCUAAGGGGGGGGGGAAGGAUCCACCACGAGGCUCCAUCCCUGGUGGGGUCUGGUUGAAAGGACAAAUAAAGGAAAAAAAAAAGAUAUGAGAUUUUUACUUUAAAGGAAA